AUGAGUCCUGCACUUUUGUCCCAUUCCUCUGCACUUUUGUCCCAUUCCUCCGCUGCUCUGAGAGUCUGUGGGAUCCAGGGCAGAGCUAAAGCCGGUACAGGCCGCAGGCAGAGCUCUCUCGCCGGCUGUCGUGCUCCGGUCCUCGGCCUCUUCCACCGGGACCCUGGUCCUCCUCCACCCUCACCCUCCUCCAGCCUGAUCCUUCUCUGGUCCCACCCUGUCCUGGCCUGGUCCUCCUCCACCCUCACCCUCCUCCAGCCUGAUCCUCCUCCACCCUCACCCUCCUCCAGCCUGGUCCUCCUCCUCCCUCACCCUCCUCCAGCCUGGUCCUCCUCCACCCUCACCCUCCUCCAGCCUGAUCCUCCUCCACCCUCACCCUCCUCCAGCCUGGUCCUCUUCCACCCUCACCCUCCUCCAGCCUGGUCCUUCUCUGGUCCCACCCUGUCCUGGCCUGGUCCUUCUCCACCCUCACCCUCCUCCAGCCUGAUCCUCCUCCACCCUCACCCUCAUCCAGCCUGGUCCUCCUCCACCCUCACCCUUCUCUAG